AUAGCGACAGGAAGAUUAUUUCUCUUCAUCUAACACGAUUUUUAAGACGAUUCAGCGCAUUAUUGACACAAUAACCCAUAACCUCACACUGGUAAUAUCUGUAUUGAUUAUUGACUUGUCUCAUGUUGUCUGCUUUUCCCUUAUGCAAAUCAGCACACGUAACGCGGUGCUUUCCUUUGUUAACUGACCCACCGAACCGGUUUUGUCAUACCUACUCAGUCACGAUAUACCCCGUCUUGACCGCCCUGUUUCUGUCAGUACUGACUUUGAAGCAGCGAGGACCUGUGUCGACGUGAAAACAUCGCAAAGUACUUUGGAGUAUCAGCGUAUCUCGUGUCAGAGACCUAUUCAACAUGGCGACCCCGGCUGUAUCUUGCCUGGAACAAGAAGAGCCUCUUCCACGUACCCACAAGUGUGGCGAGUGUGACAAGGAGUUUCGUCAACUGAGUGACAUGAAGAGACACAUGCGGACUCACACUGGCGAAAAACCUUUUAGGUGCGAGGAUUGUUGCAAACAGUUUAGUGUGCUGAGUAAUAUGAGAAGACAUAUGAAGACUCAUACUGAUGAGAAACCUUACAAAUGUGAGGAGUGCGGCAAGCAGUUUAGUCAGCUGGGUAACCUAAGGAGUCACAUGCGGACUCACACCGGUGAGAAGCCCUAUAAGUGCGAAGAAUGCAGCAAACAGUUUAGUGAGCUGUGUAGUCUGAAGAGGCACAUGCACACUCACACCGGUGAGAAACCUUACAGAUGUGAGAAGUGCGGCAAGCAGUUCAGUCAGCUCGAUAAUCUGAAGAGUCAUAUACGGACUCAUACUGGUGAGAAGCCCUACAGGUGCGAUGAAUGCAGCAAACAGUUCCGUGAUCUCAGUUCUCUGAAGAGUCAUAUGUGGACUCACACAGGUGAGAAACCUUACAAAUGUGAGGAGUGCAGCAAACAGUUCAGUAAUCUUGCUCAUCUGAAGAGUCAUAUGCGAACUCAUACCGGUGAGAAGCCUUACAAGUGCGAAGAAUGCAGCAAACAGUUUAGUGACCGGAGUAAUCUGAAGAGGCAUAUGCGGACUCACUCUUGUGAGAAACCUUAGUGUGACAGACAGUUUAGUGAGCUGGUUUCCUUGAAGAAGCAUAUAUGGACUCAUACUGGCCCUAUAGGUGCGCUGAAUGCAGCAAACAGUUCAGUGUGUUCAACAACUCAAAUGCGAGGAGUGCGUCAGACAGUAUGCUUGGUGAUCUAAAGAUACACAUGCGAACUCAUGCCGUUGAGAAGCCCUAUUGAUGUGAAGGUUACAGGCAAGUUCGGCAUCAGGGGAAAUCGUAAGAGACAAGUAUAGUAGGACGAACAGAAGCCACGCACCAAAGUUUUCUCGUGUGACGCUUGUUCACCUUUAUUGAAAUCUUAGCAUUUGCGCUACUUUUCUGUUAUUUUUUUUUUACUUAACUGGACAGUAACUUUUGCGAACCCUACACCCCUUCAGUCAGAUACGAUGAGGAAUUAUGAUGAUGAUGACGACGAUGGUUACAUGGUGGUUACAUAGUGGUUUACCCGUUUACACAGAUCUCUAGAAACACAUUGUUGAUACAUAGAAGACUACCUGGAAUAUAACAAUUGCAGUGGGUUUUUUCAAUUGUUUAAUAGUUUAGGUAAAGCUAGAUUGGCAGGACAUCGUAGUUUGGUAGUGAGAAGAAGUCUUAGAGUGUAUGGUAUGUGCCUCUAGAUUUUAGAUACUUAGGUGUAGAUAACAUAGUUAACGUUACAUGUACAUGUUAUUGACUAAAAUUGUUUAUUGGUAUCUUAAACUGAACCGCAUUGAUAUUGACUCAUUGAAGAAUACCUGUAAUACAACAGUUGCAGCUAGCGUAUUUGAAGUGUACCAUAGUCUAGGUAACGCUAGAUCGUCAGGUCAUCGUAGUUAGGAAAUUAGAAUAAUGUAGGCGUCUCUCUAGGUUUAAGUAUUUCAGUAGCUACACGUACACGGUAUAGACUAGAACUUGAUUUGAAGAAUAUGUAACAUGUAAGCAUUUCUGUCAUAGAAUUACAAUUGACCUUCUUUUUAAGAUGUUGUCGUUGAAAUAGCAAGUUUCUUAGUACUGUAAUGUUAGAUUACAUUGAACCCCUCUAUGUAGUUAACACGUGUACAUAAGAUAGGCUGUUGAGACUGUUAAUCAGUAUGUAAACACGACAUCGUCUGGUCGACCUUCCAACAACUCGAAUUCCUCUAGAAUUUUUUGGGGGUUUGUAAAUAUGCCGUACCUUCAAAUUGAACUCGUCUUUAAUGUCGAUGUUGGACUUUAGCUGUAAUAGAAAAUGUGACAUAAUCUUGAUCAACGGAAUAUCUCACAUAUCUUCAAUAAAAUGCAA